GUUUGUUUAUUUCCGGUUCGAAAAUUUUGAAAUUUUCUCCUCUCUUUAUGUCUAAAUGUAUCCUCAAUAACGAUGGCCAAGCCGUUUGAAAACGUUGAACUAAAAGACAAAAUUGUAGAGAAAAUAUCAAAGGCGGUAAAACAUAUCCAAUCUAAGUGCAACAGUGGGGAAGAUGUUGUGACACUUGGUAUUGAGGACUGGCAGGUGCAUAAACUAUGUCAACACUUAGAUCAUGCACUUUUACAUGGAUUGAAGAAUAUUACAAAUGGCUAUUGGAAGCUGAGUGUUGAAUUUACUCACAAAGAUAUUAUAAAAGAAAUCAAAGCCUUGAAGCAAGUCACUACAAACCUUGGCAGAGGUCGAGCUUGGAUGUACCAUGCAUUGAAUGACUGCCUGCUAGAGAGCUACCUGAGGCUUGUUGGGAAUUCAACCAAAUUCAUGAAGAAAGUGUACUUGAAAGAAGCACUCAUGCUUGACCAAGAGAGGUUGGAGGUCCUGGUCACCCUCCUGUCAGGAUUGGAGCAUGCAGUAUUUCAGCUAGACAUGAACCAGCCCUAUCUUGAUCUAUCAAGCUACAGACCUACACCAACUAAGGAAGAUGAUGUGAAACCAGAGAGUGAUGAUAGUUCCUCUACCACAAGUUCCCACCUGGCACAGGAAAUGGCUAUUGGGCCAGAAAGGUCAAGGUCAUCCAGUGCUACCUCUGUGUCAAGUAGUAGAGCAUCAGAUUCAGCCUUUGUAUAUUCAGCAAGUUCCCCUGGUCUCACUGAGAGCCGUAUUCACCGUGUCUCCAGCAUCAUGUCUGAUGAUAUCCCAGGAGAAGGUGACAAUGUCCUUGAGGUCAUACGAGUCAAACGUAGAGGAUCAAAAUUGAAGAAAAGCCGCAGUCGGAGUAGUCGAUCUUGUUCUGAUAGUGUCUCUGUUCAUUCAAAUCGUUCAAGGGGUAGUUUUAAUGAAGGCAUUCCUAGUAUUCAUGAGGAUUCUCAUAAUCAGGAGUUUGAAACAGGUGAUAAUCCUAAUGAAGAUGAUCCUGGGAUCACUUUCAAAGCUCAUUCAAAUGUUGAAGAUGUUCAAUCUGCUGGUGAUCCAUCUGGUGAUCCAAUGGGGGAUCAAGAUCAAGAAGGAGAUCAAGCCAGAGGUCCAGCUGGCAUUGAAAAUGAUGCACUUGAACGACUAGUCACAAAAGUUGAAGACAGUGUCUUACAUGAUAUAAAUGUUACUUCCAAUGAGAAGGAUAAUGAAGUAACUGAUGCAACCAAAGAUGCAAUACCGAAAGAGAUUAAAGACAAAACCCAAUCAAUGCAGUAUGAACAUAAUAGAAAUCCUGAAAUGGAGCAAAGUGCAAUCGAAGAGUCACAUGAUGAGACUGACAAUGCAGUACAAAACAUAGAUGUGAUACAGAACAUUCUAGAAGAUCAAAGUCCUACUAAAAUAAAUGAAAUGCUUAAUCAUGUGAUCGAAAAUACUCAAGGUGCUUAUAUCAAAGACAAUUCAAAAGAACAUGAUGAUAAUGCUAGUGCCGAUAAGCUGGAGACAUCAGCUGACUUUACAAGUAUCUACUCCAAUCCCAAAGACACUCCUGAAAAACCUAAACCUAUAAACAGAUCUCAAUACAAUCCGCAUGCAAAACACAACUUAAAUGAGGAAUUUGAGGAAAUCGAUACUAAACCAAAUGAUGCAGACACAGACUCAAUAGAAAAGGAUAUCUACAAUGAGAGUGGUUAUGUGAGCAAAGCAAGUGAUCAAACUGAGUCUGAUCUGGAAUCUGAAGGCAGCCAACAGGCACAAAGUUCUUUAGUGGAGAGUGAUCAACAUGACAAUGAGAGAAUUGAGGAACACAAAGGGGAAGAUAUUAAAAAGCCACAUCCAGCUGUCAUUGAGCUAGACAACAAUAUGAAGCUGCAUCUGAUGCUGAAUGUGUUUCAGAGUGAGAACGAACAGUUCACUAAGAUGUUUGCUUUGACUCAAGGACACACCGAGGGACAGCUUGAAACCAAAUUCCUGCUUUUAACGUCAAUUGCAAUCUACAUUCUACAUCCAAAGAUGAAUAACCUGGACUUGGACAGGAGAAUCGCCUUCAGAGAAAUUGAUUUCAUUUCAUUAAGUAUGGGCUACCAGGUGAUAAACAUUGUUUGCACUAACCGACGUAAACAAGUAUGGCUGUGCACUGGAGACUACACACUAACCAGGUUGAUAAUGAGCUCAUUAGAUGGCUGUUUGAAAGUAUGUGGCGAUGAUUUGGCGAGAGUUUGUAUCCUCUCUGAUGCUACAACACAGAUUAUUUCUAUGCGAAAGUACGCAGCCCAGGAUGCUAAAUCAGAGUUGAAUGAGGUGUCUUUGAAGAGCUAUAGUCUAGUCCAUUGGCAGGACCUGCAGCCAGAAAGAUAUAAUACAUCCAACCAUUCAGGAAUACUACUACACAAAACUGUGCAGGCCAACUCUUUUAUAGCUAACAAAUCCAAGUGGAAGCCAGGGUACUUUGAAUUAAGAAAUGGGACUUUAUUCCAAUAUACAGAUGCAAACAGCACCCAGUCUCCAAUAUUAGCUGUACAUUUGGGAGGUGAAGAAUGCCUAGGAUGCAGGAGAAGUACACAGUCAGAUCGUGAUCAUUCGUUUGAAGUGAUUCUGUCCAAUGGGAACAUUCUCGUACUUGCAGCAGCCAAUGGUGACGAUAUACAGCAGUGGCUAAUGAACCUAUGUCAGGCUGUUGCACAAAAACAUAUUGAGAAGAAAAACAAUGAGUGUAUGGCAUGUUGUCUGGUAUUAACCAAUUCUAAGAUCUUGAUGUGUCAUGAAGACCCUCAGACCCACUUCUUCCGUACCUUAGGAAGUGCUGAUGUCACAGAUGUCUCUCAGCUACUCCAGGAUACGGGUGCAGCUACAUAUGUCAUACUCGAUUUUGAAUCUAGCGAUAGCUCCGUGAGUAAAGAACAGUGGGUUGUUUACUUCAACUGUCAGGAAGAAAGAAACAGAUUUACUCAGACCCUUUCAGAGACAUGGGCAGAGCAUUUUAAGGUUGCAGUGCCUGUAACUCAACUGUGUGAUAUCUCAGUGCAGAAACAGUGUCGGGAACAAGUCAAACAAAUACGACAACUCAUCUAUGGUGAUAUUGCACAAGCUCUUAAGACAUUUUAGGAUGGGCUCUGGCAUAAUGACAAGGGGUGAAACAAAUACCUGGAAGCAGAUGUUGCAUUCGAAUAUAAUGAUCAGGCCUUACAAUGAACAUAGACUGAUGAAUGACUAGCCUUAUGUAGAACAUUGAUGUACAGCAUAGUGUGGAACUUAAGUGGAUAUUGACCUUGCUGUAACUCAAUAGAAUGAUUGCUUAUAAUCUGAUUAAAUAUUGAACUGAAGGGGAUGGUGUCCAAUUGUCAAUAGUUGUGAAAGAACAAAGAUAAUUUUUUAAAGGUGCAACAAUUAGUACAGAGGGGCCAUUCAACAAUCAUCGCCUAGUGUC